AUGAAAAAUACACUGCAGACAAUCAAUAGAUUAGAGAAUGCAGAAGAUCAGAUCAGUGAUCUGGAAAACAAGGUAGUAGAAAGCAAGCAAGGCACUCUCAGGAGUCCCAGAUACUCCAUCCCAGUCACUAGCGGCUCAGCCCAGAGGCACCUCCCUGCGCACCACUGGUGCACCAGUCGACUCAAACCAGCAGUGUUGGACUUUGCUGCCUGGUGGGCAGAGGGAGACUCUCCCAGUUUCAGCUCAACAAGGGAGGAACCUGCAGGAGCCAGCUCCAAGACCUCCAUCAUCCUCUGGAUGACCAAGCCUGGUGCUGUGCACCAAGCUGCCACCAGGGGACAUCUGCCACUUGGUGCCACAGCAUCCCAUGAUUGGCUGCCUCACUUCUCCCUGCCACAGUGGACUCACUGCCGCCCUGCCCUGUCCCAGAGCCAUGCAAACGCCCUGCUUAUCAGUUUAAACCUACAGCCUCCCCACCACUGCAGAGCAGGCGAGGGUGACCCCGCCCACAAUGAUCCCAGCAGAAGCCACUGCUCUGUUCACAAAAGGCCAGCUAAGAGGGGUUGGCUAGAGGCUUCUGAAGGUGCUUCUGUGCCUCCUUGCGGUUCUCACAGGAUUAGUAGAUGGCAAAUAUCUGUUCCAUCAGCGUUUGUUUGGUCAGUUGCUCUGGUUAAAAAUGUUUCGACAGGGCCACAGGUCAUCGAUGACAAUGUUCUUCAGCACAAUUCUCUUUCUCUUCAUAUUUUCUCAUAUAUACAACACGAUUCUUCUAUUGGAUGGGAACAUGGGGUCAUUGACAUGAUGCUUCAGGACAAACCCUAUCCUUACUGGGGGAAAUCCGCAAGAGCUUUCUGGAAGAAAGGAAAUGUUAGGAUCAUUUUAUUCUGGACGGUUCUUUUCACUCUGACUUCUGCCGUUGUCCUCAUCAUCACCACUGACUGGAUCAGCUGGGACAAGCUCAAUCGGGGAUUUUUGCCCAGUAAUGAAGUUUCCAGAGCAUUCCUGGCUUCCUUCCUCUUGGUCUUUGACCUCCUCAUUGUGAUGCAGGGCUGGGAAUUCCCACAUUUCAUAGGAGAUGUUGGUAAUCUCCCUGGACUGCACACUUCUCAUAUGCAGUUCAAGAUUCCUUUCUUCCAGAAGAUCUUCAAGGAGAAAUAUCAUAUUCACAUAACAGGUAAAUGGUUUCACUAUGGAAUUAUAUUUCUUGUCUUGAUUUUGGAUCUUAGUAUGUGGAAGAACCAGAUCUUUUACAAACCUCAUGAAUACAGACAAUAUAUUGGCCCAGGGCAGAAAAUAUAUACAGUGAAAGAGUUCAAAAGUUUAAAGGAUUUAAACAGAACCAAGCUUUCCUGGGAGUGGAGGUUCAAUCACGCUAACCCUCUGACUAAUAAAACGUAUGAGGAGGGAGACAUGUUUCUGCACAGCAGAUUCACAGGGGCCAGUGAUGUCAAGUGUCUGGCUUUUGUUCCGAGCCUAAUAGCCUUCGUGUGGUUUGGAUUCUUCAUUUGGUUCUUUGGACAGUUUCUGAAAAAGGAGCAAAGCAGAGACAAAACGUACACACACAUGAAGAGGAAAUCCCCAUCAGAACACAGCAAGGACAUGGGACUCACUGGAGAAAACAUGGCCUCUGUGGAAGACCCACUGAAUGACUCAUCUCUGGUUUACAUCAGGUCCAACCUCAAUGAGAUCGUCUACAAGGCUUCCCACCUGAUGUCGGAGAAUUUGAGCUCACAGUUGAAUGAGCCCGCCAGCAGGACAGAAGCUGGCGACCUCUGA